AUGGCCAAGAACAUUUCCGCGCCAUCCAACUCUAUAUUCCUCAUAAACUGUCUCCUCGCCGCUCAGACCGCCUUCCAGCCCUUCCAAUCCUUCACACGCACCCGUCUCGAAGGUCUACGCUCCACAAUCGCCGAUCACAGCGCCCGCCUCGUCGAGAGCCAAUACGCCUUUUUCCGCGCCGAAUCUUCUCUCGAGCCCCUAUUCACAGUCCUAUCACCCCUAAGCGACGCACGUUCCUCCGACGUAGCCACGCUCCCCUCUCUCCCGGAGCUUCGACCAGAAGCCCUAGCGCGCGCAGCCCAGGGCCUAGACGACUUCCUACCGUCGGCCGUCAUGGACGCGUUGGAGAACGUCAAGAACCUCCACGACGCGCGGCUGGCGCGCGAGAUUACGGAGGAGGCGGCGGAUCGGUUCUGUGCUGACUUUGAGCAUGUCGAGGAGUUGCUUGUUGCGGCGGACGAGGCGGUCGAGGAACGAAGGGCAAGGGGUGAUGGUGGGGGUGGAGAGGAGAGAGUGGGGUUGAGGGCGAUGUUCCCGAGGACGACGGGGGAGAUUAGGGUUUUGUUGUCUUGA